AUGACCGGGGAAUCUAAGGAUAGUUUGACGAAAACAUUUAAAUAUUCUUUCCCGACUUGUACUAAUGAAGAAAUAUUUUUCAAAUUAGAAGUUCCUGUUGAAAUUCCCUAUGAUGGAUCCGCUCGAGAGCUGGUGCAGCGUGUUAUUAAUAUGUUUCAUAUACCGGUGUAUUUGGAAGACGAACUUAAUGAGAAACUAGCCUACUUCAUAUCCGAAGAGACAAAAGACUUUCAUAACAAGAGGGAUGAAAAACUUUUAAAUCAAUUUAAAAAUAGUGAAAUUAAUGUGGAUGCCGUUGUUAAAAACUGGGAGAAACUAUUUAAGGAAAAUGUUUUGGAGUUUGCGGAACAAAAAGGAACUUCAGAUGAAGAGGUGUUUGCCGCAGCAUACCACAAGUUAGUACAUUCACCCGCCUUAGACACCAUUCUACAGGUUGAGAACUCAUAUGCCAAAACAGUCAUGAACAUGUUGAAGAACCGUGAUGAAGACAUUAAGAAGUUAACUGAAAAGCAAACGGAAGAAAUGGAGGACAAGAUGCGCUUGCUCAAUGCAGGCACAACUGAGGAGGAGAUCAAUGAACUGGCAGCAAAACAUUUUGAGGAACAGAGCUUAGCGGCUGGACGCUGGGAUUCACAGUUGGACGCAUUAAAGCACACACAAAGGGCCACCCACAGGGCGUGGCUGAUGACCACCCUGGAACAGUACCAGGGUGAGACCGAACUCAGCACACCUAGCAGCAACUCCCCGCUGGCCACGUUCCCCGUGGACCAGCCGCCGCUGGGCGCGCCCAAGCCCCGGCUAGAGGAGAGCUUCACCAUCCACCUGGGCAGCCAGCUCAAGCAGACCCACAACAUACGGCUCGUGGCCGCCGACAUGCUGGACCUCUGCGCCGUCAACCACGACAACGGGGCGGCGGCGCGGCUGCAGCCGGCGCUGGCGCUGUACUCGGGCGAGCUGACGGGCGUGGUGGUGCUGGCGGAGGCGCGCGAGGCGCGGGCGGCGCGCUCGCCGCUCGUGGCGCUGGCCGCCGCCUCGGCCGACCACCACUUCCUGGACGCGGCGCGCCAGCUGCGGCGCGCCUCCGAACAGUUGUCCCUCCGCCCCCUCCGCCCCGGCGACGUGCUGCUCACGCGCCACGGCAACCUCGACGCCCACGUCGUCUUCCACCUCGUCGUCGACGACUCGCUCAAGUCGGGUGACAUAACCUCCCGCCACCCGGCGAUCCUCGGUCUGCGGAAUAUCCUGAAGGCGGCCUGCUGCAACGACGUCACCUCCAUAUCCAUUCCGCUGCUCCUCAGGCACGAAAUCACCGAGGAGAUGACGGCCGCGUGGUGCGUGCGCCGCGCCGAGCUGGUGCUCAAGUGCGUGAAGGGCUUCGUGCUGGAGGCGGCGGGCGGCGGCGGCGCCGAGCUGCGCACGCUGCACGCCGUGCUGCCGCCCUCCUCGCCCUCGCUCUUCGCCGCGCUGCAGGCGCUGGUGCCGAGCGUGUUCCGCGUCUCGGGCCCGCUGAGAGCCCGCACCCGCCCGAGCCCCUCCGCGCCA